UCGAAACUGUGGAAGUGGCUAUUUUUUGAAUGAACAGACGACAAAAAUCAAGCGAGCGGUUUUUGGGCGCGUUUUUGUGUUUUGAGCACUUUGCUUGUCUGCAAUAUAUCACCAGCCAAACGAUGAGGUCUUCCUUCGUAAUUUAUUUCGUUCGCAUUGUAGUUUUGUCGCAUAUAAACGUGUAUGUAACAUGUGACUGCCACGGGCAGAGCGCCAGAACUGUUGAGACCUGUCCCAUUUCUGACAGCCAUCACGAAAAACACAAGUACUACAACGAGCGCUGGUCGGGUUACUUGCAGGCCAUAAACAUAAGCCUGGAGGGAUACGAUCCCUGCCAAGAUGAUGACAAUGAGGAAACGUGUUCGUGCCAUGCAUCGGUGAUCAAUGACGACCUUAGCCCGUGGUCUAAGACGGGCAUUCCCGCUGAGCUCGUCGAGCGGUCCAAGCCCAGGGGCGUCUUUUACCAAGUCGUCAACCACAAACUCUACAGAAGCAAAGAAUGCAUGUUCCCCUUCCGUUGCCUCGGCGUGGAGCACUUCAUCCUGAAGAUCGUGGACGAGCUGCCUGACGUCGAGUUCGUGCUCAACACACGCGACUGGCCGCAGGCGCAUAAGCGCGUCGAACCGUUGCCGGUUUUCUCGUUCAGCAAGACGCGCGACUACUCGGACAUAAUGUAUCCAGCAUGGACCUUUUGGGCCGGUGGUCCCGCCAUCAGCCUUUAUCCAACGGGUAUCGGCCGCUGGGACCUGCAGCGAGACAUCAUCACCAAGGCGGCGAAAGGAGCCUGGACUUGGGACAAGAAAAAGGCUUUAGGAUUUUUCCGGGGGUCGCGAACAAGCUCGGAGCGUGAUCCUUUGAUCCUACUGUCCCGGAGCAAGCCCGACCUCGUCGACGCGCAGUACACCAAAAACCAGGCCUGGAAGUCGGACCAGGACACUUUGGGACGGCCCGCUGCCGAUGAAGUGCGUUUUGAAGAUCACUGCAAGUAUAAGUACCUCUUCAAUUUCCGUGGUGUCGCUGCUAGUUUCCGGCUCAAACAUCUCUUCCUGUGCAAGUCGCUUGUACUUCACGUUGGGGACGAGUGGCUGGAAUUCUUCUACCCACAGCUAAAGCCCUGGGUCCACUAUGUCCCUGUCACUGUGGAUCUCCAUGAGGUCGAAGAGCUGCUAGAAUUUGCGAAAGAAAACGACGAAGUCGUGCGUGAAAUUGCUGAGCGAGGCUAUGAUUUUAUUUGGAAACACCUUAGAAUGGAAGAUGUGCAAUGCUACUGGCGAAGCCUGCUCAAGAAAUACGCAAGUCUGUUGCGGUACAAGGUUGUAAGAGACAAGUCUCUUAUAAGAAUCACUGAAAAGAACUGAAGUGUGCCAUAUAGGUUAAACUAUAAAAUUUGAAGGCUGACAGGCCUUAUGGCUGUCAGGGUGUGUAGUUCUGCACUGAAAGAGGUUCUUGCCAAACCCUUACCACAACUGGCCACUGCUGCUUUAACGGAGGUGGCUCCUUUCAAGGUCGUGGCACAUUAUAAAGAAUACUGGAGAUAUCAACCUGUGGGAGCUCUCCCAAGAAUCAAUUGCCGAGGUCUGAGCACGGUCAUCGCAUGCCUUUCAGCAAGAGCAAUCAUAAAACGCUUAUAAACACUGCACCUCUCAUCAUCUUGCCCUUGCAAAAAUAGCCUGGCUGGCUCCGAAACAUUGAGUUUUAAUAAACAUGGUUAGUGUUAGAUCUGCCUGGAUCCAAGCUGAUCUUUACCAGACAUUUAAGUUUGGACUACUGCUCUUGUAUGGGGAUAUGAUGCCGAAAACGUGUCAUUCCUGUACAGCGUUGGUACCUAUACAUCUAUACACAUGUACUAUUGCACUCAGUGGGAGUUGCAACACAGUGCUCGUUGUCCAAUGGGCCUUGAGAUUUCAUGGAGGCACCACCACACAAAAAAUUGGUGAUGUAAACAGGCUACAAUGACUGGUAUCUAGUUCACAAACUUUUUGUAUGUUGGUGCCCCCGUGCAGUCUUGGAGCCCUUUGUACCAGGGGCACCGUGUCGCAACUCAUAGUGAGCAUGAUAAUACAUGGUGUCUACAAUUGCUAAGAAGAUUUGACAAGUCUGAAGAAUGCUAUGCCUCGCACCAUGGACCCCAGUGAUGCUGUGAAAGCUCUGGUGUUUGUACAGUUGGCUAAUUGAUAGAAUUCUUCAUUAUAAAAACUGUCAGGAUCCUUUCACCAGCCAUAAAAGAGGAACUAUAGGUGCAUAUCUUCAGUUACUCUAUCUGUGACCUUCGGAUUCCAUACUUACCUUGGUCCAUUAUGCACACAAGUGAUGGUCAUCACAUACUGGUUUCACUGUAUCAUCAAGCACCAACUUGUGAGACUCUUCUCAAGCAAGGAACAUGAAUACAGUGGCAGGUGUCAAUCUUCUUUGGGCACUCUUUUGAGCACCCCUGUACAGACACUAAAAGGAAUAUCCCACACAAGUUCCUUCUCCUGUUGCUUUUCACCUUCACCAGCGACACACAGUUGUGAACAGUACAGGAACUUCUGUUAGCUGUGUCAAACUGUGUUUCUGUUAGCUGUGUCUCAAACUGUUUGGUGCGCCAUUUGUUUUUCUGCAAUCUCUUGUUUCUCAUGCUCAUUCUCAUCGUGGAUAUAGUGACAGCCUGAAAAACGCUGUAAUAUCCAGGCUAUCAUAAAAUACUUUUGACCAGCAAAGCCACUCUGGUGGCCAGUUGAAAUGUCGUAACUACACUCAUUUUUGUACCUGCAAAGUUAGUUUGUGCCACAAUUUGUGCCUGCGAAACAAGAUAAGCGAAAAUGAUGUUCACAUAUUAUGCAAGAACUGUUUUCAAUUGCUGUGUGCAUUUGGUAACUUUUUCAGCACUAAUAUCUGUAUACUCCUUAUUCGUGAGUUAAUCUAGAAGCAUUUCAUCAUAGCGUCACUAGUUGGGAUCUGCUACAUUACUUGCUUAAGGUUCUAGAAUUUGUUGUUUCUUGCCUAUGCCUUACUUUGCCUUGUACACUUUGGCAAGUUCAGGAUAAACUGUGUUAGAGAAAUGCCACAGUUAAAUGUAACACCCUUCCGACUCCUUUUUUAUAUGUUUUUGGCCGUUAUCCCAUUUUGUCUCGAGGGCAUUUCCAUUACUACUGGCCGCCUGAGCUAUAUGUAAACAGAUGUGGCAUGAAUACUUAUUCAGUUCACUGCCGCUUAACCUUUAAUGUUGAAAUGUUCUAAAAAGCAUGUUUGAGCCAUGGAGUGUUAAUGUAUUGUGGGGAAGUAGUGCUUGAGAAAUAGUACUGUUUUCUCAUAAACAUUUCCAAUGUGUGUCGUUAAUGCAUGUUGUAAAAAACAGAAAAGAGCUGGUGGCCUGCUGUAUUGAGUUAUGGGUGCCAUCAAAUUAGAACUUAAGACUGUGAAAAGGCCCUGCUAUAGCCAUGAAUAUUCAGAGGUGGUGACAUUUCACUGGUGAGUGUAAGGGUAGGGUGGGUUACAUGGGCUAACAUAUGGUGAAAAAAAAUACUUUGCCUAUCCCACCGUGAUGCUGAUAUUGGCCACUCUUAAUUGGAAGCAUUGUCAUAAAGAUGUGCAUGUAAAUAUUUCAGAAAGUGGCAUGCGUGUUAAUGGAACACAGAGGAAAAGAAAUUCUACAGGUUGCACUGAUGACGUUGAUAAAUAUUGUUCACAAUGAGAAUAUUGGUUGAUCGAUUGAUUGUUCGAUUGAUUUAAUGUGGUCACCAUGGCCGGAAAUCAAAAUUGUGUCCUUGAGUUAAACAGCAGAUUGCUAUAGUGACUGAGGUGGGUACACAGAGCAGAGGUUCAGUCUGCCAUAAAACAGCUCAAAUAUAAUAAUACCAGCUCUGAAUUCUUGAGGCAGCUGCCUGAGACAUCACAGAUUAUGGCAACAACUUCUGUGUGUUCUCUUUUUCUUCUACACCACGAAGGACUUCAAUUUUUCGAAAGAUCUUGAAUUCUGUGACAUUGCAUGGGGGGGAUGGCAUCAGUGGUGCUAUGGAUUGGGCACCAGAGAAAAAAAAAAAAAAAAAGGGAGUUCUGCCUUCAAUUGUGACUUUCUCCUGUAUGAAAUAAUCAUUUGCUCCCAAACAAACAACUGGGAGCAUUUGAAAUGACUAUUCCACUAACCUGACUUUAUACAGUACUAUUUGUAUUUAAUGUCUCUUUAGCCUGCUGUAUAGCUAUGUCAUAUUAAAAUUAGGGCUGUCUGGUUUUGUGAAUCAGGGUAUACUAACCAUGUUGUAGACUUGUGAGCUGGAAAAGUUGGUACAUGUUACCAGUGUGGGUCAGGAACAAAGUUUUGUUAUGGCUUGUCGUAUUAAGCAUAUAGUUUUAAUGCUGAUGUGAAUAUUACUCAGCUUAACAUUGACAUUAAGUUUCACUGCUUCAUUACCUGUAUUGCUUUGUAAGCUCAACUUCUGCUAUUAGGUAUGUGAUGCCACUUUUUCAUGGGUACCCUGUUAUUUGUUGACUUUGCUUUGUCUUAUGCUCAGGAUGAUGUGAAUAGUGAAUUUAUCCACUAGUAGUGAGCAAAACAGCUUUGUUAUGCAUGGAAUUUCUUCAGAUGCCACAUGCUUAUGUUUUGUCAUCUUCUAAAAUUGUGAUGUAUAAAUUCUGUUUCUACAAGACAUCUGUUUACAAUGUCUACUUGAUCACAGGUGUCUUGUACUUUCUUUUUUUGGGCAACUAGUGCUGAAAAUUUUUUGUGCUGACAGCAAUAUUGUAAACACAGCCUUGUGAGCAGAAGCAGCUUUUAGAAGUGCACAAAUUCAAUAUUGUGGCACCAUCUGCGAUUGCUUAUCCAUGUGAAAGAGUGUCCCAGUUCCACCUUUGUGUGGGCCCAGAAAAAGUUGUGCUGAUAUUCUUGUAUUAUGCUUCUGCUUUAGAAUGAGGCCACUAAUGUGUAGGUCCUGGUCUGCCAAGUUCCAACAAGCAAUGAAACAGGUGUGAAUCUGCUGUCAUAUUGAAUUUUGUACCAUUUUAUAGAAGACAAAGUGGCUAGUGCUGUCAAAUUUUUAAUGAAAGAUGACAUCAUCAAGUGCUGUUCUGUACCGGCCGUGGUGGCUUAGAGGCUAUGGCAUUGCGCUGGUAAGCACGAGAUCGCAGGAUCAAAUCCCGACCGCAGUGUCCGCAUUUUGAUGGGUCGAAAUGCAAAAACGCCCGUGUACCAUGCAGUAGGUGCACGUUAAAGAACCCCAGGUGGUCAAAAUUAAGUUGAAGUCCUCCAUUACAGCGUGCCUCGUAAUCAGAUUGUGGUUUUGGCACGUAAAACCCCCUAAUUUGAGUACUGUUCCUUUGACAGUUGAUUUCUGGAAUAAUAUAAGAGGCUCACUGGAGCAACUAUGAGCUGAACAGUUUCUAAACCAGUUGCUAUAGCCAUGUAACCAGUUUAUUAAUGCAUUUUGUUAGUUUUACUUCCUCAUGUUUCAUUAACUAUGCACUCACUGUAUUUGCAUGACAUAAUGAGAGGGGAAGUACUUUUUACUACUUAGUAGUUAAACAAUUCUACACAAACAUGCACACACACGCAGCGAUGGUCAUGAUAUACCAAUGACCCCAUGUAGCAUAUGUGUAGUAGGCCUAGAGUUGGCGUUUUAAUGUAACGCCAUGUACUUCACCUAGGGACCACAUGCACAUGUGCUGGUCAUGAGCGUUUGUGCGGUGAGGCUGUGCAUCAUUGUAGUAGAUCGGAACACUGGACCUAAAGUAUCUACAUCACCUUUCCUACAGCACUUGAAUCUCUGCACAAUCCCUCUUCUUCACUGACGUGUGCUAAGGGCUUUAUCAUUAAGUUUUAUUAUGGAUUAGGGGUCCUACCAUGCCACUUCUGCCACUGCGAGGGUAGCUUUCCAGCAAGGCUUAGUCGGCUGGUGGCUAUUGCGCAUAUUGAUGCACGAAAAAUUAAGAUGAGAAAGAAAUCUCGUGUGAUAUUCGGAGCGAUGCUCUGAAUAUUAAAUUAGUAGUUUUAUCAAAGUGGUAAGCCUUGAGAGAGAGAAUGAACUUUAUUGAAAACUGGUCCGGCAGUUUACCGUUGGGUUGAGACACGGGGGAAAUGGGGAUUAACCCCUGUCCCUUCCCACCCUCCGUCGAUGGCAGUGGUGGUGCCUCAGGUGACGGCUCGAAGUCCUUGGACCUGGGCGGCAUCUUAGGCUCCAAAGCUCCCUUGAAAAAAAAAAAUUUUUUUUUUGCAACUUCUCUUGUUUUUCUAGUGCAUUCACACCCAUAUGUGUGUGUCUAUUGCCUAUGAAAUAUGUAAAUUAAAUGAA